GUAUUAGGACACCACCUCUUUCCCGGCUGUGCUGUACCUACAGUACCCAGAACUACAGUACCCACAACGCUCCGCUUCGCCUCCUGGGUGUUAUUGCCCCUUUCCCGGUGCAGGACGCGGUAGUGGCCACCGAGAGUGUCAGGCCUGGGGUUUUCUGUGUCCUUCCCUGGGUCAGGGACGAGCCAGUGACUUGACUCUUGGGCGCUAAGCUUGGGAGGGAGCGCAGGAGGCCGCUGUCCUUCUUUUCCGGCUCACGUCACCCUUCUCUCCCUCUCUUGCUCCACCUGCAGCCACUUGGACGGCUCCGGGACUGAUUGCCUGGGGCAGGGGUGGCAGUCGAGGCCGCCGGGGCCGAGGUGAGGCUGCAGCUCUCCGGGCGGCGGUAGCGCUGGGAGGAGGAGGAGAGAAGAUGGCGUCGGAGCUAGAGCCAGAGGUGCAGGCCAUCGACCGGAGUUUGCUGGAAUGUUCGGCCGAGGAGAUUGCGGGGAAAUGGCUGCAAGCAACUGACCUCACUAGAGAAGUGUACCAGCAUUUAGCCCACUAUGUACCCAAAAUCUACUGCAGGGGUCCCAACCCUUUUCCACAGAAAGAAGACAUGCUGGCACAGCAUGUUUUGUUGGGACCAAUGGAAUGGUACCUUUGUGGUGAAGAUCCUGCAUUUGGAUUUCCAAAACUUGAGCAAGCAAACAAACCUUCUCAUCUUUGUGGUCGUGUUUUUAAAGUAGGAGAGCCUACAUAUUCUUGCAGAGACUGUGCAGUUGAUCCAACUUGUGUUUUGUGCAUGGAGUGCUUUUUGGGAAGUAUUCACAGAGAUCAUCGAUAUAGGAUGACAACAUCAGGAGGUGGAGGUUUCUGUGACUGUGGUGAUACUGAAGCUUGGAAAGAGGGUCCUUACUGUCAAAAACAUGGACUUAACACCUCUGAAAUUGAGGAAGAAGAGGAUCCUCUUGUUCAUUUAUCAGAAGAUGUGAUAGCAAGAACUUAUAACAUUUUUGCUAUUAUGUUUCGGUAUGCAGUAGAAAUAUUAACCUGGGAAAAAGAAAGUGAAUUGCCAGCAGAUUUAGAGAUGGUGGAGAAGAGUGACACCUACUAUUGCAUGCUGUUCAAUGAUGAGGUUCACACCUAUGAACAAGUUAUUUAUACUCUUCAGAAAGCUGUUAACUGUACACAAAAAGAAGCUAUUGGUUUUGCAACUACAGUAGAUCGAGAUGGGCGUAGGUCUGUUCGAUAUGGAGAUUUUCAGUAUUGUGAGCAAGCAAAAUCAGUAAUUGUGAGAAAUACCAUUAGACAGACAAAGCCACUCAAAGUUCAAGUUAUGCAUUCAUCUAUCGUCGCACAUCAGAAUUUUGGUUUGAAACUUUUGUCUUGGCUGGGAAGUAUUAUUGGAUAUUCAGAUGGCCUUCGCCGGAUUUUAUGUCAAGUUGGUUUACAAGAAGGGCCAGAUGGUGAAAACUCUUCUCUAGUGGACAGACUGAUGCUUAGUGAUUCCAAAUUAUGGAAAGGUGCUAGGAGUGUAUAUCAUCAGUUGUUCAUGAGCAGUCUGCUUAUGGAUUUGAAAUACAAGAAACUGUUUGCUGUUCGAUUUGCAAAAAAUUACCAGCAGUUGCAGAGAGAUUUUAUGGAAGAUGAUCACGAGCGAGCAGUGUCGGUGACUGCUCUAUCUGUCCAGUUCUUCACUGCACCUACUCUGGCUCGAAUGCUCAUCACAGAAGAAAACUUGAUGAGCAUUAUCAUUAAGACUUUUAUGGAUCAUUUGAGACAUCGAGAUGCCCAGGGCAGAUUUCAGUUUGAACGAUACACUGCUUUACAAGCUUUCAAAUUUAGGAGAGUACAGAGCCUUAUUUUAGAUCUCAAGUAUGUGUUAAUUAGCAAACCAACUGAAUGGUCAGAUGAGCUGAGGCAGAAGUUCCUAGAAGGGUUUGAUGCCUUUUUGGAAUUACUAAAAUGUAUGCAGGGAAUGGAUCCAAUUACACGUCAAGUAGGACAACAUAUUGAAAUGGAACCAGAGUGGGAAGCAGCCUUCACACUACAAAUGAAAUUAACACAUGUCAUUUCAAUGAUGCAGGACUGGUGUGCUUCAGAUGAAAAAGUGUUAAUUGAAGCUUACAAGAAAUGUCUCGCUGUACUGAUGCAGUGUCAUGGUGGUUAUACUGAUGGUGAACAGCCAAUCACACUAAGCAUUUGUGGACAUUCAGUGGAAACUAUCAGAUACUGUGUUUCCCAAGAAAAAGUUAGCAUUCACCUCCCAGUUUCUCGCUUACUUGCAGGUUUACAUGUAUUAUUAAGCAAAAGUGAAGUGGCAUAUAAAUUUCCAGAGCUCCUACCUCUAAGUGAACUUAGCCCACCCAUGUUGAUAGAACACCCUCUUAGAUGUCUUGUUCUAUGUGCCCAAGUACAUGCCGGAAUGUGGAGAAGAAAUGGGUUCUCUCUAGUAAACCAGAUUUAUUACUACCAUAAUGUGAAAUGCAGACGUGAGAUGUUUGACAAGGAUGUAGUAAUGCUUCAGACAGGUGUCUCCAUGAUGGAUCCAAAUCAUUUCCUGAUGAUCAUGCUCAGCCGCUUUGAACUUUAUCAGAUUUUCAGUACUCCAGACUAUGGAAAAAGAUUUAGUUCUGAGAUUACCCAUAAGGAUGUUGUUCAGCAGAACAAUACUCUAAUAGAAGAAAUGCUAUACCUCAUUAUAAUGCUUGUUGGAGAGAGAUUUAGUCCUGGAGUUGGACAGGUAAAUGCUACAGAUGAAAUCAAGCGAGAGAUUAUCCAUCAGUUGAGUAUCAAGCCUAUGGCUCAUAGUGAAUUGGUAAAGUCUUUACCUGAAGAUGAGAACAAGGAGACCGGCAUGGAGAGUGUAAUCGAAGCAGUUGCCCAUUUCAAGAAACCUGGAUUAACAGGACGAGGCAUGUAUGAACUGAAACCAGAAUGUGCCAAAGAGUUCAACUUGUAUUUCUAUCACUUUUCAAGGGCAGAACAGUCCAAGGCAGAAGAAGCGCAACGGAAAUUGAAAAGACAAAAUAGAGAAGAUACAGCACUCCCACCUCCGGUGUUGCCUCCAUUCUGCCCUCUGUUUGCAAGCCUGGUUAACAUUUUACAGUCAGAUGUCAUGUUGUGCAUCAUGGGAACAAUUCUGCAAUGGGCUGUGGAACAUAAUGGAUAUGCCUGGUCAGAGUCCAUGCUACAAAGGGUGUUACAUUUAAUUGGAAUGGCACUACAGGAAGAAAAACAACAUUUAGAGAAUGUCACGGAAGAGCAUGUAGUAACAUUUACCUUCACUCAGAAGAUAUCAAAACCUGGUGAAGCGCCAAAAAACUCUCCUAGCAUACUAGCUAUGCUGGAAACACUACAAAAUGCUCCCUACCUAGAAGUCCACAAAGACAUGAUUCGGUGGAUAUUGAAGACUUUUAAUGCUGUUAAAAAGAUGAGGGAGAGUUCACCUACCAGUCCCGUGGCAGAGACAGAAGGAACCAUAAUGGAAGAGAGUUCAAGGGACAAAGACAAAGCUGAGAGGAAGAGAAAAGCAGAGAUUGCCAGACUGCGCAGAGAAAAGAUCAUGGCUCAGAUGUCUGAAAUGCAGCGGCAUUUUAUUGAUGAAAACAAAGAACUCUUUCAGCAGACAUUAGAACUGGAUGCCUCAACCUCUGCUGUUCUUGAUAAUAGCCCUGUGGCUUCAGAUAUGACACUUACAGCACUGGGCCCCACACAAACUCAGGUUCCUGAACAAAGACAAUUCGUUACAUGUAUAUUGUGUCAAGAGGAGCAAGAAGUUAAAGUGGAAAGCAGGGCAAUGGUCUUGGCAGCGUUUGUUCAGAGAUCAACUGUAUUAUCAAAAAACAGAAGUAAAUUUAUUCAAGAUCCAGAAAAAUAUGAUCCGUUAUUCAUGCACCCUGAUCUGUCUUGUGGAACACACACUAGUAGCUGUGGGCACAUUAUGCAUGCCCAUUGUUGGCAAAGGUAUUUUGAUUCCGUUCAAGCUAAAGAACAGCGAAGGCAACAGAGAUUACGCUUACAUACAAGCUAUGAUGUAGAAAACGGAGAAUUCCUUUGCCCCCUUUGUGAAUGCUUGAGUAAUACUGUUAUUCCUCUGCUGCUUCCUCCAAGAAAUAUUUUUAACAACAGGUUAAAUUUUUCAGACCAACCAAAUCUGACUCAGUGGAUUAGAACAAUAUCUCAGCAAAUAAAAGCAUUACAGUUUCUUAGGAAAGAAGAAAGUACUCCUAAUAAUGCCUCUACAAAGAAUUCAGAAAAUGUGGAUGAAUUACAGCUCCCUGAAAGGUUCAGGCCUGAUUUUCGUCCUAAGAACCCUUAUUCUGAGAGCAUAAAAGAAAUGCUAACGACAUUUGGAACUGCUACCUACAAGGUGGGACUAAAGGUUCAUCCCAAUGAAGAGGAUCCUCGUGUUCCCAUAAUGUGUUGGGGUAGCUGCGCAUACACCAUCCAAAGCAUAGAAAGAAUUUUGAGUGAUGAAGAUAAACCAUUGUUUGGUCCUUUACCUUGCAGACUGGAUGACUGUCUUAGGUCAUUGACGAGAUUUGCCGCAGCACACUGGACAGUGGCAUCACUUUCAGUGGUGCAAGGACAUUUUUGUAAACUUUUUGCAUCACUGGUGCCUAAUGACAGCCAUGAGGAACUUCCAUGCAUAUUAGAUAUUGACAUGUUUCAUUUAUUGGUGGGCUUGGUGCUUGCGUUCCCUGCGUUGCAGUGUCAGGAUUUUUCAGGGAUCAGCCUUGGCACUGGAGACCUUCACAUUUUCCAUCUGGUUACUAUGGCACACAUCAUACAGAUCUUACUUACCUCAUGUACAGAAGAGAAUGGCAUGGAUCAAGAAAAUCCCACUUGUGAAGAAGAAUCAGCAGUUCUUGCUCUGUAUAAAACACUUCACCAGUAUACGGGAAGUGCCUUGAAAGAAAUACCAUCCGGCUGGCAUCUGUGGAGGAGUGUCAGAGCUGGAAUCAUGCCUUUCCUGAAGUGUUCUGCUUUAUUUUUUCAUUACUUAAAUGGAGUUCCUUCCCCACCCGACAUUCAAGUUCCUGGAACAAGCCAUUUUGAACAUUUAUGUAACUAUCUUUCCCUACCAAACAACCUCUUUUGCCUUUUUCAAGAAAAUAGUGAGAUAAUGAAUUCACUGAUUGAAAGUUGGUGCCAUAACAGUGAAGUUAAAAGAUAUCUAGAAGGUGAAAGAGAUGCUAUAAGAUAUCCAAGAGAAUCUAACAAAUUAAUAAACCUUCCAGAGGAUUACAGCAGCCUCAUUAAUCAAGCAUCCAAUUUCUCGUGCCCGAAAUCAGGUGGUGAUAAGAGCAGAGCCCCAACUCUGUGCCUUGUGUGUGGAUCUCUGCUGUGCUCCCAGAGUUACUGCUGCCAGACUGAACUGGAAGGGGAGGAUGUAGGAGCCUGCACAGCUCACACCUACUCCUGUGGUUCUGGAGUGGGCAUCUUCCUGAGAGUACGGGAAUGUCAGGUGCUAUUUUUAGCUGGCAAAACCAAAGGCUGUUUUUAUUCUCCUCCUUACCUUGAUGACUAUGGGGAGACCGACCAGGGACUCAGACGGGGAAAUCCUUUACAUUUAUGCAAAGAGCGAUUCAAGAAGAUUCAGAAGCUCUGGCACCAACACAGUGUCACAGAGGAAAUUGGACAUGCACAGGAAGCCAAUCAGACACUGGUUGGCAUUGACUGGCAACAUUUAUAAUUAUUGCACCACCAAAAAACACAAACUUGGAUUUUUUUAACCCAGUUGGCUUUUUAAGAAAGAAAGAAGUUCUGCUGAAUUUGGAAAUAAAUUCUUUAUUUAAACUUUCCUUCCCAGUUUUAUAGUUUCUGGUUCUGAGGACUGAUGAAAAUCAUCUUCCAUCAGCAGAUUUUCUUGCACUGUUUGCUGUGCCCCUCAAAUAUAACGUCUUGGGUUUUAAGAUCGAGCAAGGAGCUUCUCUUCCUAGAUUGAUCCCAGCCCCUUUGUGGGGGGUCUGACUGCGUAGUCCCAGCCAUUAUGUGAUACUUCACGUUAUUGAUGAUAGUGAACUGUGGGUCUGAAGCUGACUCAACGGAGGCAGGAAACAAAGUCUCUGUGGUCUGUUGGGUCAUACUUCCUGGUUCCACUGAGUGGCCCAACACUGGGACUGGGUUGGUGUCCCCUCUGCUGACAGGACCCUACUCCUAGGAGCAAAGUGGUUGAUUUUGAAGGCAGUGUUCCCUUCUCUCCAUUGACUAUGAGAGAGUUGGGAGACACAGGUGCAGAAGAAGCCCAUGGGGAGAAGGUGGAUUCCUGGUGUGCUGACUGGUUUUUCAGGGCUGUUAGAGGUUUUUUUUUUACUUUUUUUUUUUUUUUAUGGCAAGACUUUUGGCUUUGAGAAAACUCACUUAAAUGGCUUUCCAAAAACUUAGGAUGGUCUAAAAAAUUAGGAUAUUCUUUUAGAAUUAGGAAGAAAAAUUAGGAUAUUCUAAAAGAAUAUGGAUUAAAAAAUUAGGAUAUUCUUUUAGAUAUCCUAAUAUCUAGAUGAGAGGACUUCCUUCAUAAGAUCUGGUUGUUUGGGCUGUGGUUGGCAUAAGUGAUGUUUAUUUUGGCCUCUGUCACAUCCAGUUUCUUGAGCUUUUAAGGAAAGCUUCUUUUGACUUUUUUUCAGAUGUUCACCAAGCUUAAGUUUAAAAUAAUAGGUAUUCUGAAAGAGUAUUCUAAUUUUCUUAUCUGUAUUCUUUUAGAAUACCCUGAUGUUUCAGACAGUAAUAUUCUCUUGUUAUUUCUAAGGCUAAAUUGGCAGAGUAUAUCAUCUAAAGGCAAACACUGAAGAAGGUGAGAACCCACUCCCACCCAGCCAGCAUUUCCUGGAACAGACGAGCUGCUGCUUCCUUGCCGGCUCACUUAGUGCGUUCCUGGGAUGGUCUGGUUCCCAGGCUUUUUAUUCUUUUUGAACAUUGUUCUUACUGAGGUGCCUUCCUACAACAAGAGCCACUUACAAAAUAGCUUAUAAUUAUUAUGUUCCACACAACUACUAUUGUUUGAUGUAUGACUCCUAAGAGCUUGAAUACAUGCAGAGAGUGACUGAAGACUUAGUAGAGGAAUAAAUUCUGAGCCUGUCUAAGGUGGGGCUAAGGAAGAAAUGAGUAAUAAGAGGCUCUUGGAUUUUUUUAAACAAUGCAGGUGACCCUUUCAAUCAGUUUUCUUUGAAUUACAUCUACAAGUUUUGUUCCACUCAGCUACCAGUCAACUAGGCAUGCUCCACAGUAUAGCAGGAAGAAGGUCAGAAAUCUGGACCUGAAGCGAAAAGAAGUGAGGAUGUAGAAGCCACAUUCCUCUCCAAGGUAGUGUGUGAAAGAACCGCCCCCUCUUGAGAGGAGGAUGACCGUCACCAUUCUUGCUUGGGACUGACUCACCCAGCUGAGGGGAGGACCAAUAGAAAGAAAAUUCACAUUUGAAUCCACCUCUCUCCCCCUUUUUCUGGCCUUCAUUCAUAAGAUCUGGUUGUUUGGGCUGUAGGUGGCAUAAUUCAUGUUUAUUUUGGCCUCUGUCACAUCCAGUUUCUUUAGCUUUUAAGGUAAGCUUCUUUUGGCUUUUUUUCAUAUGUUCACCAAGCUAAAAUUUAAAAUAAUAAGACCAGGUUUCUCUCUCUACAAGUGGAUUAUAAACAUUUUCACCAAAUCAUAACAAUACUCCAGCUGUCCGGCCCGACUUCCUAGGAGCCUGGAGUUAGCAAAGGUUGUCUCUGGAUUUCAUUCUCUGGGAAUAUCACAGAGCCUGGGAGAAGAUGAAUUUACAUGAAAUUGCAACAUACACACCUUUUUAUUUUCUGGUGUUAAGCUAGUUGUCUUUCCUACCUUACAAAUCAUGUUAGUUUUAUGAUUUGUUCCGCAUGUUUUAUGUUUAUUGUAGAAAUGUUUAUAUAACAUAUGCUUUCCGUAUCAGGGAAAAUCAUAUCUGUUUAAUAAAUUGGCUAUAACUUUAAUAUCCGUGGACAACUUGUAAAAUUUGGAAUGUAUCAUAUGUAAAAAGUUUAAAGAUAUCCAAAUAAAUGCUUUAGGUGUUGGCAUUA